UUUGUACUGUAAAUUAUUUUUUUUACCCCAGAUAUAUGUCAUCACAAUUGCUACAGACAAAAACAAACAUGAAGCAUUUCAGCCAGUUCUAGAUACAUAUAUUCAACAAAACUUCCACGCAACCCUCGCAUACAACAAAUUGAUCCAUGUUCUAAAAUACUAUGUAGAAGAGGGACAGAACACAGAUCUGCAAGAAACCUUGAAGAAAGCCAUGAAGUGCCUUCAGUAUGUUUUCAAAUUUAUCAUACGCUCCAGACAACUUUUUGUUGAAUUAUAUGGACGUGGACAAGAAGAGUUUGAGAAGAGUCUACAAAAGUUACUGGAGGCAAUGGCUUCUAUGAUGAAGCACACCUUGGACUCCACUCUCACUGUACAAGCUCAUUGUCUCAAGUAUAUCACCACAACUAUUCCUGAUAUCAUAACUAAUUUUGAUUCAGUCACAAUGAGCCACAUCUUGGUGAAGAUGAUUGACAAUCUAGACCAAAAGCGUAUUCCGAAGCAGAAGUUGAUGACUGUGAAUGAAAUCGUUCACAGUGAGCUCUUUAAAAUCCCAGACUGUCGGCGAGUAUUGCUUCCAUCAUUCAUUAAUCACAUUCGUCGACUUUUGGCUUCGAAUGACGAGAUGACAGAUCUUGAGGUUGUAAUGAGAAAGGAGAGAAAAAAGUCCAAACUAAAAAAACUGCUGGAUCUGGACAACGCUGCUCAGUUGCCUGAAGAUCGCACCAUCACAGAAGAGUUGGAUUUGUGUGUGAAAAUCCUGGGAGACAUUCUGGAUGUGCUGUUUUCUAAGGAUGUGGGAGAUACCUCUGAAGACAUUAGUCUGCUCUCCACCAGACUGCUGGAAGAUAUUCUUUCUACGGUGUUCAAGAUGACUCGAGAGGAGCCACUAAUUUGCAAAUUUGUGAGUGUGCUGGUUUCCCUCUUUCGGCAAAUGUCAAGACUGCACUUUGAGAACUUUUUUUGCCAAUUUCAAAUCUUGGAACAGCUCUGUAACUUCUUACUAGAGCUUCUGAUGGUGGUGGAGAACCUUGUAAAAGAUCCUGUGUUUCCUGCAGAUUGGGCAGAGAUGAUUCUCCUAGAGAACAGUGUAAUCGUGAAGGUGUUGCGUCAGUGUUCACGAAUAAUUUCAGGAAGAAUGCUUGAGCCUUUUCAAGAAAGUGUUUGGAGGAGCUUCUUUCAUUGUGCCAUCAAUUUCAUUACACAGCCUUCUUUGCAGUUGGAAAAUUUUACACAAAGCAAGAGAAACAAAAUUCUUCAUCGAUAUGGUGAUAUGCGUCGAGAAACUGCCUUGGAAGUUAAGAGCUUGUGGUUCAGUUUAGGUCAACACAAGAUAAGAUUUGUCGCAGGAUCAGAUAGCAAACUGUGUAUGGUUGGUCCAUUCCUCAAGAUGACGAUGUUGCCUGAUGUGGAACUUCGCAGAGCCACCAUUCCUAUCUUCUUUGAUAUGAUGCAAUGUGAAUUUUAUUCUCUAAGAGACCAAGGGAAAGACUUGCCUCCAGAUAUGGCUCGAAAUAACCAGAAGAUUAAGGGAAAGUUUAAUGAGUUUGAGAAUGAAAUGUUGGAAAAACUAGACCAGCUUGUUGAAAGUGGUCAUGGUGAUGAACUUUCGAGAGUAUUCAGAACAUGAUUGGUGCCCUCUUUUGAGGUCCCUACCAUGCAAGAAUCUGGCACAAUUAUUUCCACAGUCACAAGACUAAUGGAUCGUCUCUUACAGUACGCACAUAUGACCACCUGCAAUUCAGAAAAUCGUAUGAGUUGUAUUGUCAACCUACUGGACUUCUAUUCUGAAAUUAAUAGAAAAGAAUUAUACCUUCGGUAUGUAUAUAAGUUGUCUGAACUUCACCUGGCAUGCGACAACUACACCGAGGCUGGCUAUACACUGCGGCAACAUGCUAACCUCCUGCGGUGGUCCCCAGACCCCCUCUCGACAGCGCUUCGCUCACCUCACUAUCACACAAUUGAUCACCAUGAUGAACUGAAAGAGAAGCUUUAUGAGGAAAUCAUCAGUUAUUUUGACAAGGGAAAGAUGUGGGAAGAUGCACUCACUCUCUGCAAGGAAUUGGUUAAGCAUUACGAAGAAGUCAUUAUUGAUUAUGUCAAGCUGUCUGAUCUCCUCACCCGUAUGGCUGUCUUCUACAAGAACAUAAUGAACCCUCAGAAUCUUCGUCCUGAGCCAGAGUAUUUCAGGGUUGCCUAUUAUGGACGAGGUUUUCCGGCUUUUCUUCAGAAUAAGGUGUUCGUUUAUCGGGGAAAUGGGUUUGAACGUUUAGCUGACUUCACAUCCCGCAUUUUGGAUCAGUUUCCUAACGCUGAGCUCAUGAAGAAGCUCACUCCACCAAGUUAUGAAGUUAAGGAGUCACCGCAGCAGUUCCUACAAAUCAGUAAAGUAGAUUGUGCAAUGCAGGAGGAAAGAUUCUCCUCUGCUGCUGUCUCUGAGCAAAUUCGUAGCUAUUAUCGGGCCAACCAUGUCAAGACCUUCACUUAUUCUCGACCCUUUCAUCGAGGACAAAAGGACCCUACAAAUGAAUUUGCCACACUGUGCAUUGAGAAAACAACACUCCAGACCUCAUAUUCUUUACCUGGAAUUCUUCGGUGCUUCCCUGUAGUCAAAACCAAAUCAGUAGAACUGUCUCCUUUAGAGAAUGCCCUUGAAACUAUGGCCACUGCAAACACAGAAGUAUAUGAUCUGGCCAGGCAGUAUGCUGCAGAUUCCACUUUGCCAUUGCAUCCUCUAACAAGGAAAGUAUCAGGAAUAGUGGAUGCUGCUGUCAUGGGUGGCAUUUCUAACUAUGAAAAGGCAUUCUUAACUGAUGAGUACAUUGAGAGCCAUCCCAACGAUGCAGACAAGUUAGACAGCUUGCGUCAUCUUAUUGCUUCUCAGGUGCCACUCUUAGAAGCUGCUCUCUCUAUUCAUGCCAGUCGUGUGACUGAGCCUGUUGCUGGCUUACAUGAUCAUAUGGUGACAUCUUUCAAUAAGAUGAAGGCACAAGUACAAGAGAAGUAUGGAGAAGCUGAGAUGCCCGAGGAUCUGAAAAUUGAAGUCCGACCAUUGAGACUUCAAUCUCAGCAGAGUGUGAAUAAUGACCAGUCAGCACGUUCCUCCCAUCUGUACAGCAGCCAUGAUAGUGUAGAAGCAGACGUCGGGGAGCUGUUGUCCCUGAGAGAGGAACCUCGCAUUGACAAGCCCCGCAUGAGCUUCACCCGUGGCCUGCAUGCUAUCUCUAGCCUCUCUUCUGACUUUAUGUUUAUGUAAGUCCAUCAUCUUCAC